AUGGCUUCGUAUCCUACCUCAAGUCCUGAGCUUCUGUCCGAUUCCGAAAAGCUAUCAAGCGACAUAUCGGAGGCAGAGGAAACGCGGCAUAUCACCGGUGCCAGGUGGUUCGUGUUUCUGCUCAGCACAUUGACAGCUAUCUUCAUCUACUCUCUCGACAACACAAUUGUGGCCAACAUCGCUCCGAAAAUCGUCAAUGAUUUCAAUGCAGUCGAAGAUUUGCCUUGGCUAUCGGUUGGAUUCAUGAUUGGAGGAAUGGCAAUGAUUCUGCCAUUUGGCAAGCUAUAUUCGCUGUUCGAUGCUAAGUGGGUAUUCAUCGUAUCCACCAUUGUGUUCAUGGCAGCCUCUGCACUCUGUGGUGGAGCGCCAACAAUGGACGCUGAGAUCAUCGGGCGAGUCUUUGCUGGUGCCGGUGGUAAUGGAAUGUACUUCGGGCUGCUCGCCCUCAUUUCUAUGAACACUACGAGCCAGGAACGGCCAAAGUGGCUCAGUCUGAGCGGCUUGGUCUGGGGUCUUGGAACGGUGCUAGGUCCAGUUGUCGGCGGCGCAUUCGAGCUGUAUACCUGGCGCUGGGCCUUCUAUAUCAACCUGCUAUUCGGUGCCAUCCUACUCCCGACCUAUCUUUUCGUCAUUCCAUCCAACGACCCGUUGCCCGGGAUAUCGCGAUGGCAGAAACUAGCCACCUUUGACUGGGUAGGCACUGUACUGAGCAUUGGGGCAUUUACGACCUUGGUAAUGGCUAUAAACUUUGGCGGAACACUGUAUGCAUGGAGCAGUGGACAGAUCAUUGCACUCUUUGUUGUUUCCAUUGCUCUAUGGAUAAUCUUCGGUCUUCAACAGGGUUUCAAUAUUGCGACCUCGGUUGACAAACGAAUUCUACCAAUUCAUUUGUUUGCAGAGAAGGAGCCAGUCUUGCUCUUCAUAUCCUGUGCUGCAGUGGGUGCUGUGUCUUACGUUACGGUCUAUUACGUCCCUAUUUACUUCCAGUUCACCCAAGGAGACGAUGCUAUUCAAUCUGCCGUCCGCCUACUGCCCUUCAUUUUCCUACUGAUCACUACCAUCCCAACUAGCGGUGCCAUGAUGUCUCAUUUCGGUUACUACAAGCCCUGGUACCUAGGGGGCAGUAUAUUUGCACUGAUCCCGGCUGUUUUGAUGUCAGCCAUCAUUCAUGUCGACACCCCAUCAGGCGUGAUAUAUGGGCUUGAGGUUGUUCUGGGUCUUGGAGCUGGUGCCUACACUCAGGCCUCCUUCGGAGUCAUCCAGGCUGUGGUUACCCCAUCUGAGGCGCCCAAUGGAUUGACUCUCAUGCUACUAGCCCAAUUGGCCGGUAUGACCUUUGGUCUGUCAAUUAGCGGCGCUAUCUUCGUUAAUCUCGCGUCGAACAAUCUUCUCGCCUUGCUUCCCGAAUACCCGCAAGAUCAAGUCCGACAAAUCGUGUCCGGGACUAGUGGCAAGCUGCUUGCGUCGCUGUCCUCGUCGUUGCGGGACCAGGCGCUUGAUAUUAUCGUUUCUGCGUGGCAGAAAAUUUUCAUUUGUGUGUAUGUGGCAGCUGCUGCCAGUUUAAUAUGCGCAGUCUUCAUGGUAUAUCAACGGUGCAAUGUCUCGGCCGCUGCAGGCGGCGCUUGA